ACAACCAACCAACCAACCGUCUCUGCUGCUUUCCAAAGAGUUACUGCCACUGGGACAGCUACACACAGACACGCUUGUUAUUUUUUUGGAUUUGUUGUCAAGUUGUGUUCCUUUUUUUCUCACCUUUAACAAAAACGUGUUGUCCCGUGAAGAGAUCCCUGGCAGGCAGCUUUCUCCCGUCGGCUCGAGGACGAGAGGAUACAGCUUCCCCCCCUCCCAGUCCUCUAAUCAUAUAACAGGUGACUGUUGAAGAGACUUUUCCCCUCGUUUAUUGUGUCCUUCUCUGUCUCUCCACGCUUCUCCUGACACAUUUGGGAUUUGUGUAGCCGGCUUACACUGCCGUUACCAUUUUUUUUUUUUUUUUUUUUUUGCAUUUCAAAGUUAUAGGCUCAUUUUCUACUUUUGCUCCUCCGAGCUGCAGGCUGUUGUCACACGGAACUCGGGCGCUUUCAACAGGUUUCCAGCCUUCGCUUCCUCGCUUUGCCUCCAGACAGCUGUGUGUGUGCCCGCCCGGGAUUCUCUUAUCCAGUCUGACCGUAUUCUUAUGGAUAUUGCAACAGGUCUGGUGUCACUGGAGCGCCUCUCCGCGGGAGAACAGUCCGAGACGUGCAUCAUGCUGGACGGCAUAAAAAUGGAAGAUCAUCCCCUGCGAUCGGGACAAGCCACGCUCGGAGUCAUGCUCGGGACUGACUGUCACCAUCCCUCCGUGUGUGAAGGAUGCCAGCGUCCCAUCUCCGACCGCUUCCUGAUGAGAGUCAACGACUCGUCAUGGCACGAGGAGUGUUUGCAGUGCACCGUGUGUCAACAGCCCCUCACCACCAGCUGUUACUUCAGAGAAAGGAAACUUUACUGCAAACACGACUACCAACAGUUGUUUGCGACCAAGUGCAGUGGCUGCAUGGAGAAGAUCGCCCCCACAGAGUUUGUGAUGCGCGCCCUGGAGUGCGUCUACCACCUGAACUGCUUCUGCUGCUGCGUGUGCGACCGGCAGCUGAGGAAGGGCGACGAGUUUGUCCUGAAGGAGGGUCAGCUGCUGUGCAAGAUCGACUACGAGAGGGAGAAGGACUUACUCAGCUCGGUUAGCCCGGAUGACUCAGACUCAGAGAAAAGUGACGAUGAGGAGUUGGACAUCAAGCCCGAGAAAGGCAUAGGAGGCCAGGGGAAGGGGGAUGAUGGGAAGGAUCCCAGGAGGCCCAAAAGGCCCCGAACCAUCCUGACCACUCAACAGAGACGGGCCUUCAAGGCCUCCUUUGAGGUUUCCUCAAAACCCUGCAGAAAGGUGAGGGAGACGCUGGCUGCAGAGACGGGACUCAGUGUUCGGGUGGUGCAGGUCUGGUUUCAGAACCAGAGAGCUAAGAUGAAGAAGUUGGCAAGAAGACAGCAGCAACAACAAGAACAACAGAAUUCUCAGAGACUUGGCCAAGAGGUAAUGUCCAAUCGGAUGGAGGGAAUGAUGAACUCCUUCACACCGCUGGCUCCGCCGCAGCAGCAGCUGCUCGCCAUGGAUCAGAACGGUUACAGCACAGACCCGUUCCAACAGGGGCUCACCCCCCCACAGAUGCCCGGGGACCACAUGAACCCAUAUGGUAAUGAUUCCGCAUUCCAUGACAUAGACAGCGACACGUCUUUAACCAGCCUCAGUGACUGCUUCAUGGCAUCGUCGGACGUCAACUCCAUGCAGGCCCGCGUGGGGAACCCCAUCGACCGCCUCUACUCCAUGCAGAACUCCUACUUUGCAUCAUGAAAGAGAAGAGUGAAAACACAUCAGCACAGAAUAAACUGCCCAUCUCAACCUAAAGCGCGAUGGCCAGGAGUUCCCACACCAACACGGACACGACAGAAGAAAACCUCGCAGUAGCUCCUGGUUAUGUGCUGAAAGCUUACUCAAAGAUAGUAAAAAAAAAAAAAAAAAAAAAACACUCGUUGUAGGACAGUGAAGAUUCCUGGAAAAAAAAAAAAUAAGACUUAAAUAUUGUUUAGAGAUUAUUCGGUAGGAUUACUUAUCUGUCACAGGGGAUGUUCUUUGUUCACUUAAAGAAAUACAAGUAGAUAUUGAAGCCACUGAUUACACACCCUCACAACCAAAUAACACAGUGAAUUUAUACAGUGCAUGAUCAAUUGUAAACUAAAACUUUUUGUAA